CAGGUGAUAUUGAACGCUUAACACACUUUUAUGGAAUAGUGGCACUUCUGUUCGUGAUGAACCUCCUGCUGCUGGGCCACACCGUCUUCAUGUUAUACCAGGCUGGCAGCGCCUUCCAGUGCUGUGCCCGCCAGUUCAACAUCACCGCAUUUAACAGACAUCACCUUGAAAUAUUCUGGCAGCGCUUCACUCUGUUCCUUUUGAUGGCUCUAUGUUGGACCACAGAGAUUCUUUCAUGGAAAAUUCCUCCCCCUGAGCUAUGGUUCCUGACUGAUGUUCUAAACUCACUGCAAGGAUUCAUUAUCUUCUUGAUCUUCAUUAGUGGAAAGAAAAAACGUGAACUAGUACGAGAUGCUUUGACUGGAACCAUUUCUGCAGUGUCAAAUGCGGCGAGGAAGAUAUCUAUGAGUAAUGACACUGCGGCCACCUGGCAUCAAGAUACAAACUCCACAUCAGUUUAGUGCAUCAUCAAACAUAUGGGAUGACAUAUUUAGCAACAAAUUCUAUGGAAGAAAAGAGAGACAAUUAACACAAUGCAAAAUAA